AAAAGGACAUAUGGAACUGGUUCACCGAUAUAAAGAAGUACCCGGAUCCAAAGAAUAUUGGCAUGGAAGAUCCAGAGUCUACAAUUGCGACGAAACGGGCUUUCAAGUUUGCCCGAAUACGGGUAAAGUUUAUGCUGCAAAAGUUGAGAAGGACACCACUUUUCCGAUUGUGCUAUUUUUAGAUGGUCAUAAGUCACACCUGACAUAUGAGCUGAGUCUACUUUGUAAUGAUCUCAACAUCGAAGUGAUAGCUUUGUUACCUAAUGCUACAAGGAUCCUCCAACCAUGCGAUGUGGUGGUAUUUGGACCUAUUAAGAUGGGAUGGAAAAAAGCUGUCAGGGAAUUUAACGAGAAAAAUCCAGGAGAGCUCAGAAACAAACUCACUUUUGCUCCACUUCUAGAAAAUGUUGUGAGAAUAUCGUGAAGUCAGAAACACUGGUUAAUGGAUUCCGUGCAUGUGGCCUAUUUCCUUUGAGUCCAGAUGCAGUUGACUAUAGUAAGUGUCUGGGGAAGGAAAACGAUCCACAAAAUACAUUAGUAGAUAUGAAAGAAGAUAUGCAAUCACCAAGUAUGGAUCAAAAAUCGUUUGUAAAUAUAGUGGGAGAACAAAUGAUUGCAAAAUUCAAAUCAUUUGAUGGAACUGCAGAGCCCACAGAUGGUACAUAUAUGUGACGAAUUUCG